CUGACUUAAAUUUGUCGCUGAAACACGCUCGAGCAGGAAACAUCGCAGUUUUUCGGCCCGCGCGCGCUCCGAUCUUCCAUCUCGCUCGCUCCACCGCGUCGCGCUCGGUUUGUCAUAAUUUUAGUUAUUUAAGGAAGUUCAAAUUGCGCUAUUUUUUUCGCAACGGUGGCAUUUUUCGAAUUUAGAUUUAGCUCGUGUUAGGAAUUGUAGUGUUAAAGUUUCGAUUAAGUGUAGAGUGUGUUUUUUCAAAGGUUUCCGAUCGCAGCAGGCAAUGAACAGCCGUUGACCGCAUCGGAUUGCUGUGAUCAGUUUCCGGGAAGAAGAAAGUACAAUCCAAGAUGGCCGUCCUAUUUCGACCCUGGGUGCUGGCGCUGGUGACCAUCGGUCUGCUGGUCUGCCUGCUAACCAGUGCCGAUGGGUUCCGGUUACGUGACUUUGACGUGGACGAGGAUCAGCGUACGACGAUGGAGGCAUCCCGCAGGAAGAUCCAGUACCGAAAAUUAGCGGUCGAUGAGGUGGUCAAGAAGCGACUACUGGUAGAGGAGGACGAUGAAAACGAAGACGACGAUGACGACGAAGAGGUGACCGAUGACGACGAGGAUGAGGAGCGUGAAGCCGAGAGCAAGUACAAGUUUGAAAAGGUGAGACGCAGCUACCGAGCGUCACCGAAGCAGAAGCGUGAAACGGAAGCGGCCCGGAAACCGCUGGAGUCGGGCAAACCGACGCGCAAGUUCAAGCUGGAACAGGUGCGCGGGGCGAAGCUGCAGAAAAUUGUGCAACAGAGCGACGACGAUGACGAUGAUGAUGAUGAAGAGGACGACGAAUCUGAGCAACCAGAGAAAUCGAUCUUCAAUCUGUUUGGUCUGCUUGGAUCCAAGAAGGCUGUGGAAGACAAGGAAGAUGUGCCGAGCGCAAAAACUAAAGGAUCAGCAAGCAAAAAGGUUAUCGAAGAAGACGACGACGACGAUGAUGAUGAAACAGAAAGCGACAGUUGGUUAGACAAGCUAAAGGACUUGAUCGGUGGAGAUUCGGAUAGGGAUGAUGACAACGAGAAAGAGGAUCGGGAAGACGACGAAAAAUCUGGAGGUAUCUUUGGAUGGUUAAAAAGUCUCACAGAAAAGGAUGACGACGAUGAUGAUCACGAUGGAGACAAAGACGACGAUGACAACGAGGACAGAGAAAAAGAAAACCCACUAAUCAACCUGUUCAGUACUCUGCUGAACUCGGACAAGGAAGAAAGCAGCGAAGAGAUCAAGUUCCGUCCAAUCGGUGACGAAGACGAUGAUGACUCGAGCAGCAGCAAAGAAAACACCAAGAAACCGUCCAAAUUCGUACAAAUGCUAAACCAAAGCCCUCUAAACUCCCUCUUCAAAUCCGACGACCUUCCGGAGGAAGCGGCCAUCCCAACCGAUCCCAAGAAGGUCAAAAAGCUACAGCAAACCCCCUCCAAGGUGGUCAAACAGCGCAUCGAGAUCUCCCCCGAGGACUUUGAGUCCCUUCUCCUGCGCAUCCCAUCGUUCGUGCCGGACUACUCGCGCCUCAAGAACAACGAAUGCCGCCGCCAGGGCCAGAUCUUCCAGCGUCAGCUGCGCGGCAAGCGGCUGUGGGCACUGCAGAUGAUCGACGCCAGCGCGAAGGUAACGUCCGGCCUGCUUCGCGGAAACGCCAACCAGCUGGGGGAUUACGACCUGUGCACCGGCAUCGCCACCAAGGUCAAGGUCAAGGAGGAUGAACAGGUGCGCAUGAGGGGCAAGUACUGCCUGGCGCACGUGGAUGUGGUGGCGGAAGAUGACGACCUGAAGCUGCCGGUGCACCUGCUGCAGGGCAGAGGAUUCAUCAAGAGCACGCUGAACGAUCCGGACCACUUCCUGCCGCGCUUCACCACCAUCAACUGGGGCAUCUGUCUGCCGGCGGCGUGCAGCUUCGAGGACGCCGGCAGCAUCGUGAAGAACUUUGUCAAGCCGUACAACACCACCGGCAUCAAGUUGUUCCUGGAGAUCGAGGAGGGCAACUGUCACGUGCGCCAGACCGCCGGCUGGUCGAAGCUUUUCAAGGGCAACUGGCACCUCGUGGCGGCACUAGGCUUCUACACCUUCGUCCUGGUGGUCACCGUUGUAGCUUCGCUGAACGACUUUGGCGUCAUCAAGAUCGAGCCGCAUCCGAAACCCGCCAAACCGGAAGACGAAGCCGACUCCGCAUCCACCAGCAGCGAAGAAACGAACCUGCUCCAUCAGAUCCUUAUGUCGUUCUCGGCGAAGCGAACCGUCCGGCAGCUGUUUGGCGGAGAGGAUGAAACGCUGGCCGGCAAGGACGUCGUCGGAUGUCUGUCCGGGCUGCGAGCGAUCGCGACGGUGGUGCUGUUCUGCGCACUUCGACUGAUCCCGAUGGGCUUCCAGCCGUUUACUAACCGGAACGAGUUUACCGAGAGCUUCAACUCUCCAUGGAGCGUUGCGCUGCGGGUGUUGAUGCUGUACGCGGACGUUUACCUGGUGAUUAGCGGCUUUCUGGCGGCGUAUCACAUGGUCGGGGAGUUCCAGCAGAAGCAGAAGGUGCCGUGGUUCCGGAAGAUUGUUGGGCGGUACUUGAGAUUGACGCUCCCGCUGAUCCCGGUGCUGAUCUUCUACUCCUGGGUCUGGGAACACCUUGGCAGCGGACCGCAGUGGGGCGAUGUCGUAGUGAAGAACGCCAACCUGUGCAAGCACAACUUCUGGAACAACUUGCUGUUCAUCCAGAACUGGUACCCCGUUGAGGAGGGGUGUGCUCCACACACCUUCCAGCUGGCCAUCGAAAUGCAGCUGGCGAUCCUGGCGCCCUUCCUGCUGAUCAUCCUUACCAAAAAUCCAUUGUACGGUGUUUCCGCGUUCGUGACCCUGCACGGAGUGUCAACUGCGAUCCGCUUCGUCGACACCAACGAGGAUCGCCUAUCCCCGUACAUCUACCACGGAAUCCGACUGACCCAAAUCUACCGAACCGUGAACCUUAGCUUUUCGGAGACCCUGCACCGUGCAACUCCAUAUCUAGCCGGAUUCGGGCUUGGAUACCUGCUCCGCGAGACCCAACUUGUGAAGCACGAUCGUGGCAUCAACCUUUCUGGUUGGAUCGGCGCAGCUAUCGCGUUCGGUUGGUGCUUCGCUUUCCCGCUGGACACCGCCGAAAAGGACUUCCAGUUUGAUCUGGCCGACGCUGCCCAGUACUCGGCACUGGCCCCACUCUCGUUUGCCCUGGCGAUCUGCUGGGUCAUCUACUAUUGCGUUACCAAUACGGACUGCUUGCUUAAUCGCUUCCUCAGCUGCAAGCUGAUGAUCUUCCUGAGCAAGAUCUCCUACUCGGUUUCUCUCAUCCAGUUCCUGGUGUUCUUUUACUUUGCCGGAACGACGCGCGGCAGCGAAGUGUUCAGCUUUGCCGGGUACAUCAACCGUACCGAGAUCUUCCUGUUGCUAAUCGGAGCAACCGUCCUAACCUUACUGUACGAUCUUCCCAUCCAGAACAUUAAGCUGACCCUCGAUCGUUCCGGGAUCUUUGACCGCAUGGAGAAGAAGGACACCACCGAAAUUGUACUCAAAGAAGACGAAGUCACGCAGAACGGAACGGCCGAAAAGGCACCGCUGGAGAAUGGACACUCAGUGAUGGAAUCGGAGGAAACGAAAGCGGAUCCUGAACCGGACUUUGUGAGUCCGUUUGAUGACAAAAAUGAUGAUGAUAUUGGACCAAGGAUGAGCUGGAAGCGGGAAACGACACCGGAACCGGUGUCGGCUUCACCCACCAAAAGCUUCUGGGAUGACAUCGAGGAGAGUGAUGCCCCCAAAUCAACCUUCAAGGCCCCGUCCCCGGUAAAGGUUUCGAAAGAAGAAGAGGAGGUUAUCGAAGAGGAAGCCGAAGAAGAAGAAGAAGCCGAAGAGGAGGAGGCUGAAGAAGAGGAGGAGGAGGAGGAGGAGGAAGAAGACGAAGAAAAGGAAGUGAUCAGAAGACCUGCCGGAGGAGUCCAGUCGCAAUCGCCAACUCGAACCACGAGCGUUUCGCCUCCUCCGAAAAAGGAGGAACCCAAGCCGGAAGUGGUUGCUGAGCCGAGCCCUCCAAGCACCCCAAGCCCACCGUUUAGGAGACACCAGUGGAGACGAAAUUGGGACGAUUAAUUGAUGGUUUUCGAAGAAAUAUUAGCAAGAAGCAAAAGACACUGAAACAAGCGACAACGUUAGAUUAGGUUUUUGUUUUGUGUUUUGUUUUAUUAUUACGGCAAAUGAUCACGUUUUUUUAGAUGAGGUUAAAUCUGGACAAUUGUUGAGCUAUUUACAAAUCUUGAUCAAUGCUUAAAAACGAACAAAUACAAUCUGGAAAAGAAA